AUGCCAGCAACCCCAAAAUCCUUCCUGCCCGCCUUCACGGGCUUCAUCGUCUUCGCAUUCACCUACACCUUCAUCGAAGCCUCAAAGGAAGGCGCAGCCAUGGACAAUGCACGCACGCGGUGGCAGCAUCAGCACGCCAGUGCGCGGAACGUGCUCUCGGGCGGUGUGACGAUGCUGGACGCUGUGGAAGCGAAGAUUGGGAAGGCGUAG